UGGAAUGGAUUACAGAGAGGUCAUAAAGGAGUCAUUACGUCAUUCUGUCAUGAUGUUGGAUCUUUUGAGGAUGCAUUUAAGAUUGAAAGGUUGAUUCAGGAUUUUGGAUUUCGACAAGUUGAUCUCGUAGAAGAAAGUAUAAUAACAAUUUCAUUUUUGGAAGAUAAUCAAAAGAAGAAAAUGAAAUUAUAUUAUGACCCAUUAUUUGAUUCUUGGAAGAUUCAAAAGGUUACGAAAAAUUUUCAACGACACGCAAUUAUAGAUAUCAUUUCGGGAAACAAAACCUCCAAUUUACGUUUUAUUAUCAAGUCUCAAAUAAUGAUUCCAAUAAUCAAAAAAUAUUACAAAAUCAUCAAUAAUCUACAGAGAUCAAACAGGUUUCUUGGAAGAAUGUACUUGAUGAGUGGGAAAGUACCAUUACAACUCGAUUGUCACAAAAUGUUCAUCCGACAAGACGAUUUUCCUUUAAAUAGUAAUUUCAAAUGUACGAGAGUUAGACAAUCAAUUAUCAAAAAACGAUUUAUAAAUGAAAGUUAUCAACUUAAUUUCAUGUCGACCUUACAAGAUGAAGAAGGAAUAGUAUCUUCGGAGGAUACUAUAAAUUUAAUCCAUAAUUCUUGGAUUUCACCGUCAUCGUCGGAACGCAAUUCUAUCAGCGAAACUAUAAAUUUCGCGAGAAAGUUAACUGGAAUGAUCUGA